CAAAUCAAAAUAGUGUUCAAAUAGGCAAAACAAAAUAAAUGCACAACCAGAACAGAAAAACCAUCUAAAAUUAACAAAAUUGAAAUGAACAAACCCGUCGAGAAGGAGCAAAAGGACACCGAGAAGCGGUUGGUGUCCUGUGAUUUUGAGAUUCGUGGCAAGAUUCCCAAAGAUAAGUUCGAGCCUUUUGCUUCAUCUCAGGCGCUAAUUCUAGGCGUUUUUGGCUACAUCGAACGAGUAUCUGAUGAAUGCUUGCGGGGUCAGUUGCAGGGUGAGGAGAAGCUGAUUGAAGCCUUCCGCAAACUGAUCGAGACGGCUAUGGAAUAUGUAGCAGCCAUCAAGGAGUUCAUUAUCAUCAAUAUAAAGGCAAUCGAGGAGUGCACCUACCAAACUUUUGAGGUGCGGGACAGUACUUGCAAAAAACCGAACGCAGACAAGAAGUAAAAUCAUCAACAAUAUACCUAACCAACACUAAUCGAAGAAACUACAAUAGUAAUGCAUCAUGAUUUCAUUCCAAUAAAUUGAUAGUUAUACUGAAAUCCGGAAAA